UCCUGCUCCCGGGAGCCCCGCAAACCCCGCUCCGCCCGCGCCCCGCACAGCACCGAGGCUCCCAGCCCGGUCCGCCCCGCUGCCCCUCCCUGGGGCCAUGGGGGCACCCCCGGGCUACCGACCCUCUGCCUGGGUGCAUCUCCUCCACCAGCUGCCCCGCGCCGACUUCCAGCUCCGCCCGGUGCCCAGCGGCUUUGCUCCCCGCGACCAAGAGUACCAGCAGGCCCUGCUGCUGGUGGCAGCCUUGGCUGGGCUGGGUUUAGGCCUGAGCCUCAUCUUCAUCGCUGUCUACCUCAUCCGCUUCUGCUGCUGCAGGCCUCCAGAACCCCAUGGGGCCAAGAGUCCCCCUCCCGGAGGAGGCUGUGUCACCUGGAGCUGCAUCGCUGCCCUUCUCGUGGGCUGUGCAGGCAUUGGCAUUGGUUUCUAUGGUAACAGCGAGACCAGCGAUGGGGUGUCCCAGCUCAGCUCAGCACUGCUGCACGCCAACCACACACUCAACACCAUUGAUGACUUGGUGCUGGAGACGGUGGAGAGUCUGGGCGAAGCAGUGACGACUGAGCUGACCACCCUGGAGGAAGUGCUGUCAGAGCGCAUGGAGCUGGUGGCCGCCGCCCGGGGAGCCCGAAGGCAGGCUGAAGCCACAGCUCAGCACCUGCAAGGACUGGCCUUCUGGCAAGGGGUGUCCCUGAACCCAGUGCAGGUGGCUGAAGAUGUGACUUUCGUGGAGGAGUACAGGUGGCUGGCCUACGUCCUCCUGCUGCUCUUGGUGCUUCUGGUCUGUCUCUUCACCCUCCUGGGCCUGGCGAAGCAGAGCAAAUGGCUGGUGGUCGUGAUGACUGCCAUGAGCCUCCUGGUGCUUGUCCUGAGCUGGGGAUCUAUGGGCCUAGAGGCUGCCGCAGCUGUGGGCCUCAGUGACUUCUGCUCCAGCCCAGACACCUAUGUGCUGAACCUGACGCAGGAGGAGACAGGGAUCAGCUCGGACAUCCUCAACUAUUAUUUCCUGUGCAACCAGGCGAUCUCCAACCCCUUCCAACAGAGGCUGACUCUGUCCCAGCGUGCUCUAGCCAGCAUCCACUCUCAGCUGCAGGGUCUGGAGCGGGAAGCUAUUCCUCAGUUUUCUACUGCACAGAAGCCCUUGUUAUCCUUGGAGAAGACACUGAAUGAGACAGAAAGAAGCUUCCACCAGUUGGUGGCGCUGUUGCACUGCCGCAGUCUGCACAAGGACUACAGCUCAGCACUCCGAGGCCUGUGUGAGGAUGCCCUGGAGGGCCUACUGUUCCUGAUGCUCUUUUCUCUCCUGUCUGCGGGGGCCCUAGCCACCACCCUGUGCAGCCUGCCCCGCGCCUGGGCCCUCUUCCCGCCCAGCGAUGACUACGAUGACACAGAUGACGACGACCCUUUCAACCCUCAGGAAUCCAAACGCUUUGUGCAGUGGCAGUCUUCCAUCUGAGCCUCCCCUCCAGGCCGGAGCCUGCCUCUCCUCCAUGCUCCUUUCCCGGCUGCUGGAGAAGGCCCCACUAACCUGGCCUUGACUGGGCUCUGACCACUAACACGGCUGGCUGUGGACACCUCACAUAGGACGGCACCCUGCUCUCGCCCUACUAUCCCCCAUGCCCAUUUCUCCUUAGCACACGGGAUUGAUGAGGUGGCAGAACAGGGACCAGGGAGGGCUGGGAAGGGGGCUGACCUAUACACCACCACCAGUCCUGUCCUUGGAGGGAUGAAGCUAGAGGCAGGUACAGGCAUGUGUGUCCCUGUUUCCGGCCGUAUGCCAGCGAUCUCAGCCUAUGGCACUAACUUGGAGAUUGGGCUGAUUUGAAAUAAAAGGGAAGACUUUCUUUUACAAGUAGCUAGGUCCUUCUUACCACCCCUGUUCCCAGCUCCUGGGAGAAGGAAGUCCUGACUGGGCUAGGGAGACUCCUCUGGUGCAUGAAAGGCAACUCUCCUCUUGUCCAGGCUCAGCACUGCAUUGCUUCUGAAAGUUACAUGUGAAUCCUGACAAGGCGGGAGGAGCAGAUCCCGGAGGCCUAGCACUAAGUGUAAACGGGUGUGCAGCCACAGAACAGCGGCAAGCCUCCAGCCGUGUGCCAAGUCCAGAGCCUGCUGGGUUGAGGAAUGGUGUGGAACGGGCUUGCUUCCCACGGCUCACACCCAGCACGAGAUGCCAGCAAACCAAUGCUUGUGUCAGGAUAGGGACAGAAGUCUCCAGAGAGGACGUAGAAUAUUGGCUUGUAGUGCCACCAGGGUGAUGGAAGGGGGAAGGUUUCAGGAAGAUAUUAUAAAUCCAGACAGGAAAAGAUGAGGCACUCAGUAAGUUAUCAAGUAAAAACAAACAUGGCAGAGUCACAGGGAACUUUAUUAUCUGGGGAACAAGACCUGUGUAGUUCUUAUUUGUUAAAAAAAAAAAAAUAGCACACAUGGCAAAGAAAAACAUUGUUGCUAAUGCAUAAACAUUCAAAAAGCUUCUAUUAUUUAACAAAAAAAACCAAUUUAAUAAGUAACUGAGAUGAACAUAUGAGGAAACAAAACCCCAAGACAGAGAAAGUUGUCUUUUUUGUUUUGCCUUUUUGGUUUUGUUUUUUAGACAGGAUUUCUCGGUGUAACAGCUCUGGCUGUCCUGGAACUCUCUUUGUAGACCAGGCUGGCCUUGAACCCACUGAGAACAGCCUGCCUCUGCCUCCCUAGUGCUGAGAUUAUUGGCAUGUAUCACCAUGCCCAGCUAAAUUGUUCAAAUUAUAAUUAUUAGCAAACAUAAUGUGCUACUUUCCCUUUUCUAGUAUCUGCUUGUUGUGGACUUUAAAGUGGGGUUUAGGCUGGUGCUGGUCAGGAGGCCCAGGUUCUCUGACUAUGCUGCCCAGAGGCUGUGAAUCACUAGCUAUGUGAAAAUAAUAAUAAACAAGCAAACAAACAAAAAACCCUGCUCACACGUGAGAGGAUAAAAACCGCAUCUCCUAAGCUGGUAAUCCUUUGGGGGGGGGGGAGGUGUCAAGCUUCCAGAAAGAGAUGGACAGGCAACCCCCAGCUCAGAUAAACCCUGAAGACAAAAGUCCACAAAAGGAAGGGCAGUAAUCCGCACAGUACAACUCCAGAGCAGCAGCUCUGUAAGGGAAGAUGGUAGAGCAGGAGCCUCAAACUGGCAGUGGCAAGUGAGGGGGAUACAGAAGCCCCAGGAGGUAUCCCUGGCUCUUGCACAGUGCUGGGUUGGAGUCCUGUGGGUCCUAAUCCAGGCACCACAGUGUUAACGUGGGCGAGCUAUCCCACUCGCUGAACCUCAGUUGUGCGGUGAAGCAAAUGGGCAUCGGCAAGCCAGAGAACAGCUCUUGACGGGAUAGGUGAAAAAGCAAGACAAAAGCAACGUGAUGCUUCGGGCUACACGACGGCUCUCAGAAAACAUUAGUGAGGAAAGUGCCCGUGUCUAAAGUCUGCGGCUUAGUUCGGAAUAUUAAAGCAAUGUCAAUUUCUUACUUUUAACAAAUAAACCAUGGUGAAUUCGAGGUGUGGAAUCUAGCAAUAGGGGAAAAUGGGCACAGUGUACCCAAUUCCUGUAUUACUUCUGCAAUUUAUGUAAAUUUAAAUUUAUUCUAAAAUAAAGGUUCA